CCUAUGGGAGAGCAAGAAGCAAAAGAACAGAAAAAAGAGCACCUUCUCUCUCAUAUCUUCAACUCCCACUUCCAUCAUGAAAAUAAAAAAAAGCACCACCAAACCCUAAGUCAGUAAAAUAAAAACAUCAACAUCUCCUUCAAUAAAAACAAUUUCCCACAUUUAAUUUUCCUUUUCCUCUUUCUCUCCUAAUCUCUCCCGGUGCGACUGGAUCUGAGUGCCUAUCUUUUACAAACCCACCACUUACUUCUUCCUUAGUUUUUUCUUGGAUCCGUACCACAGUAUUCAAUUGAAGGGUUUUCUUUUUUCUUAUCUUUCAUGAAUAAUACAGUUGGAUUUUGGAAUCUGAAUUCUUGAAAAAUUAAGGGGGGAGUUCUUGGUGUUAGGGUUUUCGUUUUUGUUGGUGGGUUGAUUCUAAUCCCUUUUGUUUUGGAUUGGAGAGAGCGAGAGAGAGAGAGAGAGAGUUGUUGUUGCUGCUGUUGCUGUUGUUGUUGCUGUUGCGUCUGUGUGUGGCUCAGGGUAAAAAGGAGGAAUCUGGAGGCAGCCAAUGCCAUAUUUUGUGGUUUGCUACUUGGAGAAUUUUUCGGUUAUUUUUGGAGCACCGAAAAGUUUACAACUUAGAGUAAUUACCUUGAAACCAUUAUCAAACGAUGUCUUGGGCAGGCCCGGAAGAUAUCUACCUCUCUACUUCUCUUGCUAGCUAUCUUGAUAAGAAGCUUCUUGUGCUUCUACGAGAUGGCCGAAAGCUCAUGGGAAUACUUCGUUCUUUUGACCAAUUUGCCAAUGCUGUUCUUGAAGGUGCAUGUGAAAGAGCUAUUGUUGGCGACCUUUAUUGCGACAUCCACUUGGGUCUAUAUGUAAUUCGUGGCGAGAAUGUUGUCUUAAUUGGGGAGCUGGAUUUGGAGAGGGAGGAACUUCCACCACAUAUGACUCGUGUUUCAGAAGCAGAAAUUAAAAGGGCACAGAAAGCAGAAAGGGAGGCUACAGAUCUCAAAGGUACAAUGAGGAAAAGAAUGGAGUUCCUUGAUUUGGAUUAGUUCAUCUCUUACAUCCAGGCUAUGUGAUCCGCACAUAUUUUAGCGGGCAGUGGAGUAGGUGAUAUGAUUAGGGUGGAUGUUAUUUUGUCGAAGUUUCUGUAACAUUUUGCAAAGAAUGUACGUGACAAAUUUAAUCAGUGCUUGCUUUCUGGAUUUCA